UGGGUCUUUUGGGUCUUUCGGCUCUUAAGCCACUUCCUUUGCGCAGCACUUGUUUGUUUCGCGUUCUCGGCGCUGAUUCCAACCAAUUUCCAUUCCUUUGCCCAACUAUCAGCUUUACCAAAACUGCUCUGCUGUGCAAACGACAUCAUUUUAAAAAAAGGCUGAGCAGGCUCUCGGUUUGGUAACUUACUUUAUAUCGCUUUACGUACUUUAUCGUGUUCGAGAUUUCAUCUCAUGUAUCGCUUAACGUUUGUUCAGUUAUACUUCCCGAACUGAGUUUGUUUCGUGACCCGUUGGUUACCUGGUUCUCGCUGGGUUUUGCUGUAUUAUACCCCUCCUACCGCUCAGUGUGUAAGCCAACUUUUACUUUGCAAUCUCUUUCUCUAUACAACACCGGGUGUAGUUCUUUAGGUCACUAAUAGACUUGAUACCGCAUCGAAUAGUUUGAUAUCAUGAGUAACAAUCAGUUAGAACCUCGUUCAGUCUCUCCUGACAUUGAACAGCAACGGCCGCGUAACGCUUCACCGGCGCAUCCGGACGAUCCGCUCACCGGCCCGCAACAUCUCGAGUUCAACGAGGACGACGACCUGCCGACCCCACGCUUUAUGCAGGACCAAGGAGCUUGGAAGAAUUUUAAAUGGGUUCCAUAUCCCGUCCGAAAGUAUGGGAAAGCCGCCUUUAAGUGGAUGAAGGGGCCGCCGAACCCUAAGCUCUGGAGAAUCGAACCACUUUUCCCGACUGUCCAAGAGGCGCCGCUCCAUCUACUCGAUAGACUCCUUCCCAAAAAGAUACAUCAAAUCUUGCUAUAUAUGGGAUAUGUGGCCGUAUGGAUUGUUACAUUUGCAAUCGUUAUGUGGCGGGGUCAGGUUGCUUCAGAAGUUGCGACCUAUGGCACACCUAUGGACAUCGGGUGUGGUGUCGCAUACUGGAGCCGCAACAACGACUGUGGUCUUGAUGGUAUGAACUGCAGACCGUUCAAUGGCAGUGGCUUCGCAUUUCGAUGUCCCUCCAACUGCGCUAGCUACCGAGUCCUCAAUCCUCGAGCCGUGGGAAGUCAAGAAGUUGUCUACGCCCCGUUGGUUGUCGGCGGGCCCCCGAAUCCUGCUAAUGAAAAGAACCCAGUCUAUCGGGGUGAUUCCUUUAUUUGUGGCUCUGCCAUUCAUGCUGGUCUUAUCUCUGAUUCCCAGGGUGGUUGUGGUGUCGUCAACUUAAUAGGACAGCAGCAAAACUUUGUCAGCACGAAUAGACACGGCAUCAAAAGCGUUGCCUUCGACUCGUAUUUCCCGCUGUCUAUUACUUUUGAACCAGGGAUUCAAUGCAAGGCUAAAGAUGUCAGGUGGUCGCUGCUGGCGGUCUCUGUAGUAUUCAGCUCCAUCUUAUCUUUAUUCACUGCCUCGCCGUCAGUUUUUUUCUUUACAGUCUUCGUUGGUAUAUUUUGGCAAGUAGGUAUGGCUUCCGACCCGCCCUCCUAUUCAUCCAUUCCCGGGCUCUUCUCCAACAUUCUCGGCAAGUUUCUCCCCGCCAUGUUUUGUGCUUGGGUAUUGUAUGACAAAAUGGGUGUGCGACGAACUUUACGAGGGUUAAGUGCUCAGAUCGAGAAGACUGUUUUAUGGCUGGGUGGCUGCUGGGUUGGAGCACUUACAAAUUACACAUUCGACUUUAUACCCAUUCAACGCCUGACAGGGCACGAUCUUGAGCAGCAACCUGGCGCCAAGGCAGCUCUCGCUAUCAUUAUCAUUGUACUAUUUUUCAUCGCUGUUGGCCAAGUCUGGUGCUUCCGACAAGAAGGGAGAUUGAUACGAUUCCUCAAGUUGUACGCGCUGUUCAUCCUGGGUAUCAUCAUAUGCCUUGUGCUACCCAACCUUAGCCUGCGAAUUCAUCACUACAUCUUAGCAUUGCUACUGCUACCGGGCACUAGUAUGCAAACAAGACCAUCUUUGCUCUACCAAGGUAUUUUGAUCGGGUUGUUCAUCAACGGUAUUGCUCGCUGGGGAUUCGACUCUAUCCUACAGACAUCGGUAGCUUUGCAGGGUGAUGCUCAACUUGGUUCUCCUCUGCCUAUUCUCCUCGCUCCAGUUAUUAACACCACUCUUUCAACAAUCACGUUCCGAUGGGAACCACCACCAGGAUUACGCUAUGACGGUAUCAGUGUGCUAGUAAACGAUGUUGAGAGGUACCGUGGCUUCUUUGCAGACGAGAGCCCAGAUCAUUUCGUAUGGUCUCGCGAGAACGGGACAAGUUACAACGAAUACUUUCGGUUUGCUUUCAUGUCGGGUUCGACAAGUGGUGACUACACUCAGGCUGGUAUCUGGACGAAAGAACUUGAUUGGGUUGAUCCUCAGCCCGGAGCUUCAAAAAUCAAAGUCCGAGGUUUGGAUGUGUCGGAAACAGAACAGGUACCUCGUGCCGUUUGGAAAUGAAUCAUGAUCGUAUUAUGUCAGUCAGUCAGUCAGUCAGUCAAUACAAUAACGAGUUUUAUGAGCGAAACA